AUGGAGAAGUUCUCGCAGUAUCGCGACAAGGGAUCUGGUAUUGCUCCCUUUCUCCCGAUCCCACCUGACCCAAAAGGAAUUCAACUACCCUUUCACAUCUUCCUCUUCGUCUGUCGUGUGCCGCUCCUUUUACUCUUUGCCUUCUCGUACUUUGCAUUCCUCCAAUGGAUGCCAAUCGGCGUCUUUGGCAGAAAGGUAUCUCUGUGGUGCAUUCUUGGAAUACCGGGAAUAUGGUGGAUCGAUCUACAGAUUGAUGGCGUAAAGAAAGGGUCUUUGGCACAGAACAACGCCCGCCUUCCUCAAAACGGGUCCAUUAUUACCUCGUCGAGAGCUUCCCCUAUUGACGCACUCUACCUUGCUGCCAUCUUUGACCCUGUCUUCGUGGCUACAUAUCCACAUACUCGGCUGGUGGAGCCGAUAUCGCUGUUCCAAGCCGUUGUCCGAUCUUUCACACACCCAAAGCUUUAUCCCCCGGAUGGAGUCAACCUUGUCGACUUGGAUGUUUUCAUGAAGCGAAACUCGAAUCGCAUUACUGUUGUUUUCCCGGAAUGUACCACAACGAAUGGGAGGGGCAUCCUUCCCAUGAGUCCUAGUCUUCUUGCAGUAUCAGCUCGCACCAAGGUAUUCCCAGUCAGUUUGAGGUAUACACCGGCAGAUGUUACUACCCCUAUCCCGCACAACUAUUUCUCCUUUCUCUGGAACCUUUGCAGCAAGCCUUCACAUUGCAUUCGCAUCCGGAUUGCGGAAGCUAUAUUCAACGUGUCAAAGAGAUCGAUAGACUCAAUCGCGAAGAGCUCUUCCCUUAAUGCCAACUACUUGGACACUCUGGGAUCGGAUGGUGCGGCGAGCGAUGCCGACACAUUAGUUGGAAGCGAGGAAGGCGAGGGCCCUACAACCAAAGAAGAAAGAGCGUUUCUAGACAAGAUUGCCGAGGCUUUAGCUAGAUUAGGACGCGUCAAGAGAGUCGGAUUGGGAGUUAAAGACAAAAUUGAUUUUGUAGCCAUGUGGACUAAAUCACAGAAGAGGCGAUAG